AUGGAGGGCUCCCACGGUACUAUGGUCGCGGCAACGGCACACCAUUCUACGGCGAGCAUUAGACGCACAGUGUUGGGCAUGCUCGUUAGUCGCGAGGAUAACUGUCACCCGCAACCCGGGGUCGACCUGUGCGAAAAGCCCGGGAUCUCGACCACAAAGGUUACCUGGAUCAUUGUGGGCGUCGCCCUUGGCUUAUUGGUGGUCGGUACCGCUGCGCUUCUCCUCUUCCUGCAUGCCAGGCGAAAGAAACAAGACAAGAAAGAGGAAUUGGAAGAUAGAUUCCAGAGCUCAGACUACGGGUUGGACGAGCUGCCGGCUGGGAGGAGGCCACGGCCAGACGACGAGAUAAAGUCGAACGACGGUUCACCCAGCGGCUAUGGCAGACGGUCGCGCGAUCCACUGCAAGUCGGAACCGAGCCGAAGUAUCAAGCCGGACAAUCAAACGGUCACUUGAACCCAUUCGACGAUGCAACAUCGGCCGGAUCCGGUCAGUGGCCGAAGAGGGACAGCAGUAGCCAGCCGAAUCUGCCCGUACCGAGUAGGUGA